GUUGACAAUGGUCCGCGGGCAAGGCUUGUUGCUCAUGGUCACCACUGCCAUCUUGGGGCUUGGCCUCUACUCAGCCGAAUCGUUCGUCUUACGAGUAACACCGGCAUUCCAAGCGGAGUUUUUAGGAGAAUUGCAAGGAAUACCUCUAAGCCAACUGACUUUCAUUGCCAACAACGAAGCCACACCUAUUCUAUUGACCCAGCUUACAAGUGGCCUGCUCAAGUUUGAUGAACGCUACACGUACGUCAGCAUGCAGUGGUUCAGGCAAUCGAAACUGGAGGAAGUGAACUACACAAUGACGGUGACAUCAUCGGACACGAGUAUAAUGCUAACACCGACAGUGACUGGUGUUCCGCUGCAGGGCUUCAUCGAGCCGGUCUUCAGCAACUUAACUGAGUUCAACACCAGUCUGGAUUGUAUACGUGAAGGCAUCUCAACCCUUCAGGUCGUCAUGGAUUACGAUGUGUUCACGUACGGGACACCGAAUAUGACCACUGUGCCGGAUGAUGGUGGCGACGGCGUAGAUGGUAACGUAACCAUGGCAGCGGCUAAUACGACCCAGACCCCCACCAUGAACACGCCAGGUGUUGUAUUGCUCAGCAAAAAGAGCUAUACGGCCAUCUUGAGAAUCCGUAAACAAUGCGCAGCUCCGACAGUUCCACCAAUGACUCUUCCGGCAGAGGACCUGAGCAGUGGUGCGGUGGCUGGCAUUGUCAUCGGUGCACUAGUCUUCUCCAUCGUUCUCAUGGUGCUGGUACUGCUCUUGGUUAGACACAGCAAACUGGACAAGAAAACCAGACGCAUGACCCAGGACCUGGUCAAGAUGAACGAGCUGGUUGACAGCGAUAUGAGGGUUCGCACCACAACCGGCUACAGUGGCUACAAUGACUCCACAGGCGGACUACCACCGAUGGCGGAAGAGGAGCUAGCGACACUGAUGGAGAGACUGCGUGGAGAGUACACGCAUUUAGAAGACUACCUGGUGGGCGAGGGUGAUAUCGUGCUGGGCAAGGAAAUCGGACGAGGUGCGUUUGGUCGUGUCUAUGAUGGCAAGGUACUGACGGUACCAAAGAAGGCAGGCAAGGACGGCGAAGGCAAGAAAGAGGAAGCGGUCUCAAAGGAUGAUGGAAAACAAGAAGAAAGGCGACCUCUGCAGGUUGCCAUCAAGACAGUAAAAACUGCCGUACGGCCCCAAGACAUCGAGGAAUUUCUAGCUGAGGCAUCGCUCAUGAAGGGAUUCCAGCAUCCCAAUGUCGUGGCAUUGGUUGGGAUCUGUCUUGAAGGCAGUGAGCCGCCUAAGGUGUGUCUGGAAUACAUGGGCAUGGGUGAUCUACGCGGCUACUUGCGCAAGUCUAGAGGUAUCGGUGACUCCGGAGAGAUUGUUGAAUCCAACGACGAAGAGCACAGUUUUUCAGUGGAGACACCUCAGCUGCUAAUCUUCUGCUUGCACAUAGCACAAGGCAUGGCCUAUCUUGAACGCAAGAAGUUUGUUCACCGCGAUCUCGCCACUAGAAAUUGCAUGCUCAACGAUCAGCUGAUCGUGAAGAUCGGUGAUUUCGGCUUGGCACGGGACAUUCACGAGGACAACUACUAUCGUAUGGGCACUGCACGUCGCUUACCUGUCAAGUGGAUGUCCUUGGAGAGCCUGCAGGAUCAGAUCUAUACAACAAUGUCGGAUGUGUGGUCUUACGGCAUAGUAAUGUGGGAAGUGUUCAACUUAGGCCAGUCUCCUUAUCCUGGACUGGCCAAUGAUGAGUUGCCAACAUUCCUGCUGUCCGGAAAACGACUCGGCAGACCGUCACUUUGCCCUGAAGACCUCUAUGCAAUGAUGGCGACAUGUUGGUCGAAGGAGCCGAGCGAGCGGCCAUCCUUCCACGAGCUGACACGCUUGCUCACCGACUACAAGGACAGUUUCUACGCCAACGUGCCGCUCAAGAUGGGACUGGAACACCAGGAGUACCAGAACAUCAACCCGAAGGCUGAGGUCGGCUCAGCGCUGGACAGGACAAUGUCCGUAUCAGGCUACAGCCAUGCUGGUGCAGGCAGCAUAGCCACCGGCAUAACAUACGUGCAGGACAGCGAGGGACGUCUGUACGUGUGCAACGCCGGCUCUCAGCAGUACAGCGCCCAGUCCGUGCAGUACUCCACCGAGAGUCAAUACACGGGCGGCUCGGCUGACUUCAUCAACCCCGGCUAUCAUCUAGUCAACACGAACGUCAUACCAGAAGGGUUUGUCUGCCUUCCACAGGGCGUCACACAGCAGAUGGUCGUGAUGAAUCCAGCGGCCUAUGACCAGCUAGACCCGUAUCGCAAUGUGCCCGUUGGCAUCACGGCCAUAGAUGAGCAGCCUAGAAGCCCGACGUCCAUGGCCUCCUCUAUACCACCUCCACCACCCACGCUGGACAGCCCAAUGCCGCGCGAAAUCAACGGAGAGUAUGUGGCCCAUCUCUGAGAGAGUGAGAGUGAGUGGGUGUGGGGGGUGGGGUGUGGGUGUGAGUGGGAGAGAGAGAGAGAGAGAGAGAGAGAGAGAGAGAGAGAGAGAGAGAGAGAGAGAGAGAGAGAGAGAGAGAGAGAGAGAGAGAGAGAGAGAGAGAGAGAGAGAGAGAGAGAGAGAGCAUAAUACUCAUGUGCAGUACGAGUCGCGUGGAUGUUGGGGCUGCACACAGACAACACCGCUAGCAUCAAUGAGCGUCCAAAUGCAGGCGUCGCAGUGAGCCUUCUCGACAGGUGGACAGUGUGUAUAUGAUACGCUUGAGCAGUGUAUACUUGUGUGUAAGAACCUAGCAUAGAGUGAGCGAUGCAGGACGCCACCGAAUUCCAGGCAUUUUUAACGCUACAGUCACCUAUCACGACUGUAAGUGCAAUGCAGACCAGAGAUGAUCAUUGAUCAUUGAUCAAUACAUACGCCACAGAUUGCCAGUUAUGAUUGAAGAGCAAGCGAUGACAGCACUUUUCCAAAUUACAUUCUAGUAGGUAAACCCACUUCCAAACUCCCUUAUAACGAGGCUUUUUUUAUUCAAUUAUUUAGGAUUUUUUUAUUUAGAUAUUCUUGCAUUUUGUAUUGUCCUUUAACCAUGUUAACAAUGCGCUUUCUCGAGCUUUAAACUUUGCCAGGCUGUUAUGACAUCAUGCUACACUUUUACGUCUGUUAUGACAUCAUGCUACACUUAUCAGUCUGUUAUGACAUCAUGCAGUCUAUUAUGACAUCAUGCAGUCUAUUAUGACAUCAUGCAGCCUGUACCCUUGAUUACUGCUAGGUAUACUAGUACACCCUCCAAUCGCUAUCACCCUCCUUUUGACAACGCGUACGCCCCCAGACGCUCCGCUCGCCCGUGCAACGCAAUUUUAAAUAUAAUUCUUGUUAGCAGUUCACCAUUUCUUUCUUCAGUAAGUAGUGCUCAUUCAUACAGUUACAUAGGUAGGUUCUGGGGUGCAUAUCGGACCGUUCUUUAGACACUUCUUUUCGUGCUCCGCACAAAUUCUCCGGUGUGCACCGCCAGCGUUUGAAUUUCUAGCUGCAUGCUUUUGUAGGCGCACACAUUUACAUGGUAACUAAUGUCAUUUCAUUUACCAGUA